ACUUCGAAGACAUAGCUAACUGCUCCUCCACACCUUUCUACCUCCAUGGAACAAACACAAAACAAAAUGUACCAAAGAACAGCUGUUUCAAUCACGGUCUCGGUUGUCUGUCGUUCUCUUCGAUAAACCAGUGAUAAUAACACAUUUUUCAGUGCGAAAACUGAAUAUUUCUGUAAACAUAUUUCUUGAAGCUAUGAGAUCGACUUUCAAGAAAUUUACUAUCAGUUUUGUGUGAAUUUGCUGAUGACAUUAACUCUGGAGACCAUUACAUGAGUUGUUUUUGACAUAGAUAACAGUUAUGGCAGAAGUGAAGGAAGAGGACCAUACAGAUAAAGCAAAUACAUCAGUAGUGAGUGGGAAUGAGGCAGGGGGUUGGUGGGGAUCAUUUGUGACAGCUGCAAGAUCAAAAUCGUUCGAAGUAUUUGAAUUUGUAAAACGUGACUUGGAUGAAAUAUCCUCAGCUGUUAAAAAUGAAGCCACAGCUGUGGUUUCAAAUACAGCCAGUGCAGUCAAAGAAACACUGCAGCUUGAUAGCCCUGACAGUACAGUGGGCAAUGUAAAACGGUCAUUUUCAACAUUUCUUGAUCAAGUAAGCAAUGCAUUGAACCCCCUUCCCGAUGAUGGAGAUGAAGAAGCUAUACUUAUACAGGGGGGCACUACUGUAAUGCUUACAAGGCUACAGACACGUCUUCAUGGUAUCUACAGUGAUGCAGAAACUUUUACAAAAGAGAUAGAGCCAGAACAUGAGGCUGCUUUUGAAGCAUGGUUGGCUAAUUUAGAAGACCAUCAUUUGGCCAAUGAGCGUCUCACAAAACUGUUAGUGGCUAACCCAGUUCUACAGCACAAUUAUGAAACUUUGGUGCCUAGUCAGGUAACGCAUGCACAAUUCUGGAAGCGGCUUCUUUUCAGAAAGGCUCUGAUUGAAGAUUCGGAAGCCGCUAGAGAAAGAAAGCAAGAACGCGAGAGAGCUGUGGCUGAAUCAUUUCAAUGGGACAAAGAAGAAUCAUUCAGCAAUCAUAUUGAGCUAUCCGAGGAAGAGCAGAUUCGUUUACUUCAAGAAUAUGAAAAUGAGAAAAAUGGAAUUGUGGAGCCUGCCACUGGCAAAGUAGCUGACAAACUGGACAAAUUAAUAGAGGAUUGCAAGGAGGAUGUGGAAAAUCUCAAUGUUUUCGUGAAAGAGAAAAAAGACUUUAUUAUUGUUACUAAGGAACAAUCCAAGGAACAGGCUAGCUCUGGCAAUUCUACUUCAAGUGGUGAUAAAGAAAGCAAUGAUGAUGAAUGGGAAAAGGAUUUUGAUUUGGAAGAGAACGAAUCAAGUAGCAAAUAAUUUGCAGUCUGUAAAAAAUCAGAAAUAUAUUUUAAAUUGUAAAAAUAAAUUUUAAAGAUCGUGAUUUGAUUGCUUAUUCAUUCUUUGUAAUGAGGAACAUUAUACGAUAAUUGGAAAUGCGCUAUCUUGAUCUACAUAUAUAUGAAGAUAUAGAUUAUAUACAUAUGAAGAACAGAUUUGAAUAAUACUGUGUAGACAUAAAAAACUUGACCUCUUAUCACUUGAAUGUUGAAUUCUAUUUUACUUUAAUGUGGUGAUUAAUCAUGUUAAUUAUUGGAGAUUUAUAUUUAAAAAUAAAAAUAGUAGAGGAAAA